AUGUACACAAACAUAUCAGGUGAGAAGGCAGUAAGCGCUUUGCUGGAGAUAUUGAAGCGAGAAGAGGACAUCCUGGAGGCAGAACAGAUACGGAAAGAAUCGUUAACACGACUGAUCAACCUGACAGUAAGGAUCCCAUAUUUUACAUUUAGCGACAGUAUCUACGAGCAAAUAUUUGGACUACCGAUGGGAUCUCCACUCUCACCUCUUUCGGCAAAUGUGUACAUGGACAAGUCAGAAAGGAAAUUCGAGAAGUUACCACUGAAACUAAGAGUGCUUAUGCGAUACUUGGAUGACUACUUUGCACUUUGGUCAUAUGGUAAGGAAAAUUUAAAUGAAUCCCCCAAUUUCAUUAACCAACUUGAUGAAAGAAUUACAUUCACAAUGGAGGUGGAGGAUGAAUAA